CUCCAACCUCUUGGGCCAUUUCCCAACUCCAUCCAAGCUUCGCGAUCGGCUCCUGUAUCGUGUCCUCCUUCCCUCAUUUCGCCUCACCCAUUUCCGCCUAUUUACCGAUAUUUCGCCCAUCAUGGCGGAUCCUCGCGAGUCGUCCUCGUACUCGGUCGUUCCCAGAAUUCGAUACAACACCGUCGGCGGAGUCAACGGUCCCCUCGUCAUCCUCGACAACGUCAAAUUCCCGCGAUACAAUGAGAUUGUGACGCUCACUCUUCCCGAUGGAACUGAGCGCUCAGGUCAAGUCCUGGAAGCUCGAGGUGACCGAGCUGUUGUUCAGGUCUUUGAGGGUACUUCCGGUAUUGAUGUCAAGAAGACCAAAGUCAAGUUCACCGGCGAGAGCUUGAAGAUUGGCGUGUCCGAGGACAUGCUUGGUCGUAUCUUUGAUGGAUCUGGUCGUGCUAUUGAUAAGGGUCCUAAGGUGUUGGCCGAGGACUACCUCGACAUCAACGGUUCUCCCAUCAACCCCUACUCUCGAGAAUACCCCGAGGAAAUGAUCUCGACCGGUAUUUCUGCCAUCGACACCAUGAACUCGAUUGCUCGAGGACAGAAGAUUCCCAUCUUCUCUGCCUCCGGUCUGCCUCACAACGAAAUCGCCGCCCAGAUUUGUCGACAGGCUGGUCUCGUGCAGAAGCAGGGCAUCACCAACAAGGGUGUUCAUGACGGACACGAAGAGAACUUCUCCAUCGUCUUCGGUGCUAUGGGUGUUAACUUGGAAACCGCCCGCUUCUUCACCCGCGAUUUUGAGGAGAACGGCAGUCUGGAGCGCACCACUCUUUUCCUUAACCUUGCCAACGAUCCUACUAUCGAGCGUAUUAUUACUCCUCGUCUCGCUCUUACCACUGCUGAAUACUACGCUUACCAACUCGAGAAGCACGUUCUGGUCAUUCUUACUGAUCUUUCCGCUUAUUGUGAUGCCCUUCGAGAAGUUUCAGCCGCUCGAGAAGAAGUCCCUGGUCGACGUGGUUACCCCGGUUACAUGUACACUGAUUUGUCCACCAUCUACGAACGAGCCGGUCGUGUCUCGGGUCGAAACGGUUCCAUCACUCAGAUCCCCAUUCUGACCAUGCCCAACGACGAUAUUACUCACCCUAUUCCCGAUUUGACAGGUUACAUUACUGAGGGUCAGGUCUUUAUUGACCGAGCUCUCGAUAACCGUGGUAUCUACCCACCCAUCAACGUGCUGCCUUCGCUGUCUCGUCUGAUGAAGUCUGCUAUUGGUGAGGGCAUGACCCGAAAGGAUCACGGUGAUGUUUCCAACCAGCUGUACGCCAAGUACGCUAUUGGUCGUGAUGCCGCAGCCAUGAAGGCAGUCGUCGGUGAGGAGGCUUUGUCUGCCGAAGACAAGUUGUCUCUCGAGUUUCUGGAGAAGUUCGAACGCCAGUUCAUCAGCCAGGGCCAGUACGAGUCUCGAUCCAUUUACGAGUCCCUCGACCUGGCAUGGAGCCUGCUCCGUAUCUACCCCAAGGAGCUUCUCAACCGUAUCCCCGCCAAGGUCCUCAACGAGUUCUACCAGCGAGCCGCCAAGGAGUCCAAGUCCAAGGGCAAGGCCCGAGCAGACACCGAGGCCCGCGGCCAGCAGCAGACAGAAGAGAACCUGAUUGACGCAUGAGGGGAUGACUUGUCAGCAUUUUGAUAGAUAGUAUAAUGAGCGCGCGCAAGAGGGAAGAGCAGACAGAGCAACUUGUUUUUAAGUGGAUUGUUUUCAUGCCGUCUUUGAAUGGAAGCUGUAGAUCAGAGAAAGAGUAGGCAUGUGGGUAAAGAUAGGGAGGCGAGCUAAUGCAAUUCAACCAACCCUCUACCUGAC